CUAGAGUUAGGUAUGUUAUCGCAGCGCAGGUACGAAUACCUUCUUCUCCAAGCCCGCCGUAAAACCUGAAAAACAGAAGAAGGAAAAGGAACAGGGGAGAUUCUAUCCCCCUAGAUGCGAAUCUCGUGCUUCCGUCUCAUCUUAUCCCUCUCCACAAUCACCAACUUCACGCCCUGUAAACGCAGCCUCAUCUCCCGUUCGUUGUCGUUGCUCAUCAUAUCUGAGAGAUUCAUCCCGAUUGUUGUUCACUUUAAUGAACAAGCUUCCAAAAAACUUCAAUCACUCUCUUGCAACUUACCGCCAGUUGCUUUGAAGCUUUCUCUGCCCAUGUCCCCGAUGAACACGUUAUCAAUUACCCAGGUGCUAAAAACUCCUCUUGUUCAAUCCGCGGCACCUCUUCGAGCUUGAUUUUAUCAACAAACAUGUGUUGUUCAUCACAGCUCAAGGUUUCGUCCUUCUUUUUCUUCUUCUUCUUCUUCGUUGUUUCGCUUCUUUUGAGUACUGCGAGUACCCAGGUCCGUGCUAAUGAAGAAGGCUUCAUUUCUACACUCGUGUCCGACAAGGGUCUUGAUUUUGCUAAAGACUUGCUCAUACGCAGAGCGGUGUACUCAAUUAUCCCGCUUAAGCUGCCACAAAUUGAGAAAUAUCUGAAAAUCCCAGUUGUGGGCAGAGUUGAUGUUGUUCUUUGGAACAUCAGUAUCGAUGGGGUCGAGAUAGAUUCUUCGUAUGUCAAGACUGGUGAAGAGGGUAUUGUGCUAAUAGCUUCUGGUGCUACUGCGAAUUUGAGCAUGAAUUGGCAGUAUUCUUAUAGUACGUGGCUGGUACCUAUACCAAUAUCCGAUGAAGGUAGUGCUUCUGUGCAGGUUAAAGAUAUGGAAGUGGGGCUUACGUUGGACUUGAAGGAUCUGGGUGGUUUCCUAAAGCUAUCUGUCCUUGAAUGUGGAUGCUAUGUGAAAGCCAUCUCAAUCAAAAUAGAUGGUGGGUCAUCUUGGCUAUAUCAAGGGGUAGUGGGUGCUUUCCAAGGGAAAAUAGUAUCGGCAGUUGAGGAAGCUAUUCCCAGGAAGAUUACGGAAGAAAUACUGAAGCUAGAUGCCUUACUGCAAGAUCUUCCAAACAAAAUUCCAGUUGGUGAUGUGGCUUCUCUGAAUGUUACUUUUGUGAGUGAUCCAGUGUUGAGUAAUUCUUCCAUUGACUUCAAGGUCAAUGGACUAUUCACAGCAGAAGACGAGAUCGUUGCAUCUAACUAUCCUCACCGACAACAAACCACUUCAGUUACCUGCACCGGUGCCAAUGAAAUGAUUAAGAUUUCCUUACAUGAAAAUGUACUUAAAUCAGCAUCUAUGGUCUACUUCAAUGCAGAUUAUAUGCACUGGCUUGUGGACAAGAUACCAGAUCAAGCCUUACUGAACACGGCUGGAUGGAAACACAUCGUGCCUCAAUUGUACAAGCAGUAUCCAAAUGACGACAUGGACCUUAACAUAUCCGUAUCUGCUCCACCUCUUACAAAAGUUACUAACCAGGGAAUUGGUGCUACCAUCUACGCAGAUGUCAUAGUUGAUGUUCUGGAUGCCGGUGAAGUCAUACCAGUUGCCUGCGUUUCACUGGUGAUAGAUACUUCGGGUUCGGCACAUAUACUGCAGAAUAAUUUGGCUGGAAGCAUUAGAGUGGAGCACCUCUCUGCCUCUUUGAAGUGGAGCAAUAUUGGUAAUCUGCACAUGCUUCUGGUUCAGACGGUAAUGUCGACAGUCAUCAAAACCGUGGUUGUUCCUUACGUGAACCUACACCUUAUGAGGGGAUUCCCACUGCCACUCCCUCAUGGAUUCGCUCUCAAGAAUGCAAGAAUCCGGUAUGCUGAUUCGGGCAUCCUGAUCUGCAGCAACGUGAGCUACAAGACGUCAGUUUUGAUUUAGUUGUAGCAGCUAUUUCACUUCUUGAAGGGUGCAAUUUGGUCAUGUACAGUUGGGAAAAUAUAUGUCGUAGAUUGGUAAAGCCUAGUAUAGUUGAAAAAGCCCAAAAUUUCUUGUGCAAUAAGUCACUAGGUACUUAUAUUUCCUCAUCUCCUGUCCUUAUAGCAUGAUACAUUUUUUAUC